GUUUCGUUUCCAUCUCUCUGCUCCCGUGCUCCGUUUUCUCUGUAAUUCCUCCCGUCUCUCUCUCUUCCUCUCAGGCAAAGAGAACCACGAAAGCUCCAAGUUCCUACACCAGAAAGAAGAACCCUCGAAGUUUCCCGACAACCCUUUUCAUAUCAUCUCUCACUUAGGGCGGACUCAACAAAGUCCCAUAAGAAACCCUAAAAAAAUUUCGUUUUUGUGUGGGAUUUCUUUUACCCAAACAAGGAGCUUUUCAUUACAAUUGAGGCGUGUUCUUGACUUGUUGUUUGUUGCCACCAGUAAUUUUGGUGUUGUUCUGUUGAUCAUCACAGAUUUAGAUGAAAUUGAAGUUUUAGGACGUUGCUGCAAAAGGAUUUGAGAGAGAAUUAGUUGUGGGUUCAUAAAAUUUUACAUAAAUGAAUGUUGAAGAGACGAACGUGGAAAGCGAUAAUAAUAGGACAGAAAUGGGUGAAACCAAUAAUGCUGGAGAAGAUGGAGUGAAUGAGAGUCCUGCUGAUAAGGAAUUGACUUCUCCGGAUGAAGAAGAAGCUGCAGAACCUCAAGUGGGUAUGGAGUUUGAUACUGAAGAUGCUGCAAAGACAUUUUACGAAGCAUAUGCAAGGCGUAUGGGUUUUAGUACCCGUACUGGUCAAAACAGCCGUCCUAAGUCUGACGGGACAGCUGCCUAUCGUGAGUUUGCAUGUUCUAAAGAAGGUUUAAAAAGAAAGAGUGCAGAAAGUUGUAAUGCGAUGUUCAAGAUAGAGAAAAAGGAUUCUGGCAAAUGGGUUGCUACCAAAUUCGUAAAGGAACAUAAUCAUUCUACAGUGAGUCCUAGUAAGGUGCACCAUUUGAGACCCCGUAGGCAUUUUGCUGCAGCAAAGGCACCAGCUGAAACAUAUAGUGGGGCAGGGGUUGCGGCAAGUGGUGCAAUGUAUGCUUCCAUGGAGGGAAAUCGUGUGCCAGUAGAAGCAAAUUUUCCUGCUAGGAAUAUUUCAUCGGUUGAUGCAAGUCGUGCAGCUAGGUUCACGGCUCCUGCUAGUUAUAUGAAACCUUGUAACAGGAAGAAAACACUCGGUAAAGAUUCUCAAAAUUUACUCGAUUAUUUCAAGAAGAUGCAGGCUGAGAACCCUGGUUUCUUUUACGCCAUACAACUUGAUGAUGAUUGCCGCUUGAGCAAUGUAUUUUGGGCAGAUGCAAGGUCGAGAAUUGCUUACAGUCAUUUUGGGGAUUCAGUUACCUUUGACACUAUGUUUAGACCAAAUCAAUAUCGAGUGCCAUUUGCUCCCUUCACAGGAAUAAACCAUCAUGGACAGAUGGUGUUGUUUGGUUGUGCUCUAAUUCUAGAUGAGUCUGAGUCCUCCUUUUUGUGGGUUUUUAAGACAUGGCUCGAGGCAAUGUCUAAUCGUGCUCCUGUCUCUUUGAUCACUGACCAGGAUAGAGCCAUACAGGCAGCUGUAGCUCAAGUUUUCCCAGGAACUCGUCACUGUAUUUGCAAGUGGCACAUACUAAGAGAAGGCCAGGAAAGACUGGCUCACGUUUGUGUUCUUCAUCCUAAUUUUCAAGGAGAGCUUUACAAUUGCAUCAACAUGACUGAGACAAUCGAGGAGUUUGAAUCUUCUUGGAGCUCUCUUCUUGAUAAGUAUGAACUUAGGCAAAAUGACUGGCUUCAAGCUUUGUACAAUGCUCGCCAGCAUUGGGCCCCGGUGUACUUUCGCGAUACUUUCUUUGCUGCUAUUUCUUCAAACUCAGGGGUUGAAGUUAUUACUUCGUUUUUUGAUGGGUAUGUAAACCAACAAACUACUUUGCCUUUAUUCUUUAGGCAGUAUGAGAGAGUUCUGGAGAACUGGUAUGAAAAGGAAAUAGAAGCUGAUUUUGACACAAUUUGCACGACACCAGUACUGAAGACGCCAUCUCCGAUGGAGAAACAAGCAGCCCACCUUUAUACAAAGAAAAUAUUUACUAAAUUUCAAGAGGAAUUAGUUGAAACUUUUGUAUACACUGCCAACAAAAUUGAUGGGGAUGGCACAAUCAGCACGUAUAGGGUUGCAAAGUUUGAGGAUGACCACAAAGCGUACACCGUAACAAUGAAUGCUCCUGAAAUGAAGGCGAAUUGCAGCUGCCAGAUGUUUGAGUUCUCCGGCAUUCUCUGUAGACAUAUAUUGACAGUUUUCACUGUAACAAAUGUUCUUACUUUGCCAUCUCAUUACAUCUUAAAGCGGUGGACAAGAAAUGCGAAGAGUUCUAUAGGGUCGGAUGAGCGAGGUAAUGAACUGCAAGGCCAAGAAUCUCUUACCAUGCGGUAUAACAGUCUAUGUCGCGAAGCCAUCAAGUAUGCUGAGGAAGGUGCAAUUGCCUCUGAGACGUACAAUGUAGCAAUGGGUGGUCUAAGGGAUGGUGGAAAGAAGAUUUCUGUUGUGAAGAAAACUGUUGCAAGAACUCCACCUCCUAGUUCUGUAAUCAGUGGAGGCAAUGUGGAAGACAGUAACAAGAAGAAAGCUACAUCGGUUUCAGACGUGUCACCAUCAUUGUGGCCUCGACAAGAUGAAGUUGCACGUCGCUUUAAUCUUAAUGAUACCGGUGCUUCUACACCAACCACAUCUGUUGCUGAUUUGAAUUUGCCACGCAUGGGACCUGUUUCUCUUCACCGUGAUGAGGGCCCUGAUAACAUGGUUGUUCUUCCGUGCCUUAAAUCAAUGACUUGGGUCAUGGAGAAUAAAACCUCAUCACCAGCUCAUCGCGUAGCAGUGAUCAAUCUGAAGUUGCACGAUUAUGGCAAGAGUCCCUCGGGAGAGUCAGAAGUGAAGUUUCAGCUCUCCAGGGUCACAUUGGAACCCAUGCUGAAAUCUAUGGCCUACAUUGGUGAGCAGUUAUCCGCCCCAGCUAAUAGGGUUGCUGUUAUCAACCUGAAGCUACAAGAUACUGAAACAAUCUCAGGCGAAUCUGAAGUUAAAUUUCAGGUAUCUAGAGAUACACUGGGUGCUAUGUUAAGAUCGAUGGCUUACAUUCGCGAGCAACUUUCAACUAAUGCUGAGCCUCCAUUAGCAAAGAAGCAAAGAAAAUAAGAGGUCUGGAUUCUGUCAGUCUGUUUAUAACCUAACCUAUGUGUGUGCCAGGUGAGGAUCAAUGAGGGCUAGUUGUCUACUUGUCAAGGUAUCAUCCAAAGUCAGAUCUCUCUAUAGGGACGUAAAUUGGGUGUAACCUUGUAAUAGGAAGUGACGUACCAAAACAAUUGCUGAAUGUAAUUAAAAAAUUCUAAGCAAUGUAAGAUCCUAGGUUUUCUAACUACUGAAUCAUUAUCCCCCUUUUCGGUGAGAAUUCAUUGAAUCAUUGAUGUCAAGAGUUGAGAUCAUUUAUUUCUCUUA